AAAUUGUUACAUUUCCCGUUUCUUGUUGAAUACUGCUCAGUAUCUUUCAGUUGGUUUUUUAAACAGUGAAUAAAGCACGCAAGUGUUUAGAAUGCCGCUUACUUUGUAUUCUGUUUCGGAUGGGCCACCGUCUCUGGCUGUGAGACAGGCCCUGAAAGCUUUAAAUUUGGAUUUUACUUUGAUUAACGUCGACUUUGGACUCGGAGAGCAUAUGACUGAAGAAUUUGCGCAGAAAAACCCACAGAAAGAGAUUCCUGUUUUAGAUGACGAUGGUUUUUAUCUGGGUGAAAGUAACGCAAUUCUUCAGUAUUUAGUUGACAAAUACGGAAAAGAUGAUAGCUUGUAUCCCAAAGACCCCAAAGCAAGGGCUAUCGUAAAUCAUCGUCUGUGCUUUAAUUUAUCCACUUAUUAUCGUUACAUUUCCGAGCAUGUUAUGGCUCCUAUUUUCUUCAAAUAUCAAAGAACUCCAUUGAGUCUUAAAAAAACUCAUAUUGCCCUGGACAAUUUUAAUACCUAUUUAAAGAGAUUGGGUACUAAAUAUGCAGCAGGAGAUAAAAUUACCAUUGCUGAUUUCCAAUUGGCUACAGCUACUAUGUGUUUGGAAGCCAUCAACUUCGACUUUUCAAAGUAUGAUUUAGUCACUAAAUGGUACCAGACUUACAAGAAAGAGUAUCCGGAACUUUGGGCCAUUGUUGAAGGUGGCAUGAAAGAGAUCAGCGAAUUCGAAAAGAACCCACCAGAUCUUAGUCACAUGGACCACCCAAUUCAUCCAACAAAAUAAUAUGUUUUUUACACGUAUUUUUUCACAAGUAAAACUUUUAUAACAUGAAUAAUUUCUAAUAAAUUAAUUUUUUACUACGCA